GGGCCUCCUCGGAUUAGAGCGCGGCCGUUGGGCCUGUUGAGAGCGCGGCCGCGGCCGCUCUGCGGGCAGGGCUCCAGAUGGACGCGGCGCCGGACCCGGGGCAGGGGCUUUGCUGCAAGCCUGGUGGGCGGCUGGACAUGAGCCACGGCUUCGUGCACCACAUUCGACAGAUUAGGACUUUGUUUGCAGGAUGUCUUCCUGCGUUGUCAUCUCUUUGGGCAGGGGCACCACCUGCCUCCCCCUCUUCCCUCUCACUGUGGUUCAUCCCUCCAGAUGGUUCUACUCACCCAAGCAACCCUGACUAUGAGGAGUCCGGUGAAAGCAGCAGUAGUGGUGGCUCUGAGCUGGAGCCUUCUGGCCAUCAGCUCUUCUGCUUAGAGUAUGAGGCGGACAGCGGAGAGGUCACAUCAGUGAUUGUGUAUCAGGACGACGACCCAGGAAGGGUGAGUGAGGAGGUGUCAGCGCACACGCCUCUGGAUCCACUCAUGCGAGACGCCCUUAAGCUGCGUGUCCAGGAAGAGAUCGCAAAGCGGCAGAGCAAACACUGAUGGGAUUGGCCACAUCCUCUCCAGGCUGGCACUUUGCGACUGCACUGGAAAGAAUUCCGCCCAGGAGCUGACUCCUGGUUUCAGGGUGCCAGGACCACCCACUGCCCUUGAGCCCAAGAGCUGCUGCCUCCCUAGGAGAAGGAUGUUGCAGCACUGGCCGCCUCUCUCGACGCCAGUAUUUCCCCAUAUGCUGACCCAUUUUGCCAGCCUGAUGUUCUGGAAUAUUUUGAGAAGUUUGUUCGAGUUUGAUGUUUUCUGAAAGCUGAGUCUCCGGGAAGAGCUGGCUCUUCUGGUGGCUUUGUGCCCUCUUGCAGCUCCCUGACUGAGGUCACGUGCCAUGGGACACUGGGCUGCUCCUGUUCGCCCUGGCUCCAUGCCCCUGUGUGUGUGGUUCUUCUGGCUCCUGCCUACUGCACUCCAGGUCCGUGUUUUCCUUCCUGGAUCCUUUUCCAGCUGGAUUUUGUCGCCGCUGCUUUGUUCCUUCUUGUCUCUCAUCUCGCCUCAGGUAGUGUUCAGCUCUUUGACCCCACCCUCUUGCCACACUGGCAAGAGCCUCCCUGAAGGUGUAGACAGUGGUCUGACCGCCAGCUGCUCAGGACUUUAGAUGUGGGGUUCUCUCUAGGUAAUGCUGUUAAAAUAAAGUGGGAGACCUUUCAUUGUGGGGGCCUAUAUGCAAGCUUGUUUCCCUCCCUUUUCAUGACGUUUGCAAGUUCCUGGCUAACCCUGCUGCCUUACACAGUCUAAUAGGAGACCUAAGAAGAAGAUACUGGAACUAAACUGCAUUGAUUUCUUGUUGCAAAACCGGCCUUGGUUAGGGCUGUGGAAUUCCAGCUUUUGACCUAACCCCUAGUUUGUCUCUUAUCUGCUCAAACUAGAGAAGUUAUCAGAACAAUCUUGAAACUGUCUCCAAAUGUUGACUUAACAGUCUGGAGCAAACAUACAAAGGAGAUUUCAACAUGAGGAAAACGUCCCUGAACCACCCCACAAAAGGACUAAAGUGAGCCUGUUUGUGACUCAGGCUCUUUUCUUUCCCUAACUUCCCGGGCUUAUUCCCCUGGAAUAAAGAUCUCAGGAUUGUCGCCGCUUCCACCUGGAGGGCAUGUUUCCAACGAUGGGUUAAGCUGAGGUCCGAGAAGUCCUCCAAGCAUUGUGCAUACCGAGGCUCAAGGCUCGGAGCCACUUCAGCUCUCCAGCAAGUCGGCCUUGCCUCUGUGGCCAAACCUGUGGCAUCUGCAACCAAGCCCCCCUACCCCAGGUUCAAGUUCAGCCUGACUGUUGGCUAGUCCAUCUCUCUCAGGAAGCUGUUGGUUUGUUCCGUACACCUGAGAGUCUACCACCUCUGAGAUGAGAUGAGGCAGCUACUUUUCAAGUCUACCAACCAUUAAGACCAGCACACCACCACUAGCAGUGCCAGAGGAAUGCUAGGGAGUGUGGGGGCAGGAAGUGGACAAAUUAGAAGGGCCUAGUGGUGAUGCAGCCAAGGAUCAGAGUUCACUUUACCACAGAGCCGGCCUGAGGGUGAAUGCCUUAAAUUUGCCAGCCCAGCGCCUCCUUCUCCUUUCCAGUAGAAAGUCUUUGCCCUCUUCCUCAACUAGGCUGGAAGUGCCUUUUGACUUAAAAUGUUAAUGACCAUCCAAGGCCUCACAGGACUGGGAGGCUUGCCAAACUCCACCCCCAGGCUGCCAGCUCAGAGAACCAGUAAUUUUAGCCUUCCUGUUCUUCGUCUGAUCUCAUGACUUGGAACAUAGGAUUUUACUGGAAUUCUUAGGCUACCUAGUCUUGAAAUACUUUUUAGAUCUGUCUUCAACAAAGCUGAACCAAUCACCUGUUUGGGGAUUUCAUUCUAGAACUUGGAAACAAAGCCAGAGUAAGGGGGCAGGCUUCUGGAAUGUUUGCCUCCCUUCCUGUCCUGAAAGGAGGGAAGCUGUAAAGGGGAGAUGGUGUUUUAAUUAGUGUGUGCCUGCUUUGUCCCUUUAAGCGGUAUGUGGCCCUUACAAAGGCCUCAGGGUGGAGCCUGAUGGGAACUCCUUGCAUUUAAACUUUUUCCUCUUGGGGCACUUUGCUUAUGAAGUACAGAUAUUUCCUAUCCAAGAAAGCAUUUCCAUUUUCAGCUACAAAUGUAUAUUGUGGGUUAAGCAUUGGAAUACUAACUACAAGGUCAGUAGUUCAAAUCUACCACCCACUCCAAGGAGAAAGUUGAAGUGGUCUCCUUCCAUAAAGUUGCAGAAACCCCUGGCCCUACCCUGGCAGUGGUGUACAACUUGACUGUGGAGGAUGGACCUGGCAGGUCGAUGUUCUCCAAAGCUGACCUGCUGGAGGUUUACACACACGUCAUCGAUGCAGCCAUUGCUUCAGACCUGUCUGAAAUACCUCUGGGGUACCUGCAGGGCCACCCCUCAUCUAGGGUCCUGGAGGAGCCCUAAUGGAGACAGUGUUCACUGAAAGGUUGGUAGGUCAAACCUAUGCUGUGACUGCAGGAGAAACACCUGGCAGUGUGGUCCGGCAAAGAUUACAGAGGAGAAAGCCCUGUGGGGCAGAUCUGUAUCUGGGAUGUCCUGGGUGACUCGGCAAAGUUUGGCAUCGGGCAGGUCUCUGAUGUCCCAAACACUUUGCUGUCCCAUUAAGUAGCUGUGCUGGCAGCCUGGGCCGUGAGGUGCAGUGGCAAUCGCCUAUCCAACUUUCCCAAGAAACAGGUCUGGGAGCUUGGCAUGUAUCUCUCAUGUCCACUCAGCAAAGUGUCCUUGUUGAAGGUAAGCUGUCCAUUUAAGCCUGUGUGCUUCCUGGUCUGCAGUGGGUGAUGUUACAGAUGGGAGCUGGGGUGUGCAGGGGUAAAAGCCAGGUCUUUGUAGAAUGUAAUGCAAGAAAGGGAAAAACUGGAGUGUUUUGUACUAAGCAUGAGUAGGAGCUUCUGGAGGCCGGCCAGCCAGCCAGCGGGACCAUCGUGGGCAGUUCCACUGCUUUUCCCUCUGGAAGUGCCUCUGGAAGGGCAUUCGAUCUCCAUGGUCCACUCGGAGGGGUCUGCCAACUAGAGCCGAGCUUGCACGGUGGAAGGCAGCCCUUUGAGGUAGUAAGUGUCCAACGUGCAGGCUGGCAGACCCCCCCUGGUUCACCGAUGCACAUGAAGCCUUGGCAGGGAGAAAGAGGAGUCAAGACAGUACUCCUCCCUCGGAGCCGUCUCUGGGUGCAAACACUGCAGAAUGUUACCAAAUAUUUUAAACAUUUUAAGUCCUCUUGUUGAAGUCCUGCCCUAUCCAGGAGGUAUCAGAUGAUCAUGAAGCCAUAUCAGAUCUCCCCAAGAGUUGGAGCAGGCCUAAAAGUGAACCCUUAAGUGAAUGCUCUCUCUGCCUUUUCAGAGCCAACAGGGAGACUGGUUGCACUGGUUAUGUUGUGGUGCUAUAGUAAAAAGCCAGACACUCUUCUGAGUUCUCUUUUCAGUGUUUCUGUUUAAAUCUUGGGGAAAAGGUACUUUUGAAAUGCAAUGUUUUUUUGUUUUCCCCCACCCCCCAAAAUCAAUAAACAUUAUUUUUGCAGCACUGUU